AUGCUUUUCCGAAAGAACUCGAACAAAACCACCCGGGCCCCCAAAGCAGCAGCAGGAAACAGAGUUGCUCGAAUAUCUUAUUUCGAACUGAACAAAGACGCCAAACGCUCAAAGGGAAUGUCCAAAUCUGCCUCCAAGAAUUCGACUCCUACAACCCCUCCUUGCGAUGUGGACCAAGCGCCUGGUUCCGCCCCUCCUGUGCCGGAACGCAGUUUUGUCCUGAUUGCAGUAGUCGGUCUUCCCCCUAUUGAUUUGUCAGAUUGGUACAUCGUCGAAUCACCUGCGAACUAA